AUGCUGCGGAAGCAAGCGCUGAUCAAUCUCGCAUUCUCAGUCCCCAAGAAUCGAAAGCCCAAAUUCGACCUCACCCUCCGCAUCAUCGACCUGACCAAUAUUCCCUUGAUCUACGGCACCGCAUGCGUGCGGUGGCACCUCUCGUCGUCUAACGCGGCCGAGCAUCGCGGGCGCACCGACAAGGCGCCCAUCGAAGAACACAAAGCAACAUGGGAUUACUGCAAGGAGAUCCCCGUGCGCCUGACCAUCGACAAGACGGGCAUGCUCCAAGAGUGUGACAUCCACUUUGAGGUACUGCAGGAGUUCCAGGAGGGCGGAAGAGGCGGGCGCGUUCACCUGGGCAAUGUCAAACUCAACCUGGCCGAGUACACUCGCCUCACGGACCUGUCGCCAUCGGACCGCGAUCCGCAGGAUGAGGCCGAUGACGGGAGCAUUACUAGGAGAUAUCUACUGCAGGACAGCAAGGUCAACAGCACGCUAAAGAUUGGGAUCAAAAUGAGGCAGACCGAGGGCGACUCGAAUUUCAUCGCGCCUCCACUGAGGUCGGCCAUGGUCGUCGGAGGCAUCGCUGGAGUCUUAACUACCGAGGCUGGAGAAGGAGACGAUAUCCCAAGCAUCACCAGCAAAACGCGAGAAUUAUCAGAAGCCCAGGACAUUUACCGCAGAACACUGGCGGCGACGUGGGCUUGUCAAGCCGGAGAACUCCCCCCGGAUAAAUUGAUCGAGAACCUCUUUGCCGGAGGAGACGGAAAACGGCCGCAGUCGUCGAGCAGCAAGGCCAACCAACAGCAGCAACAGCAGCAGCAACAACAGCACACCCGGCUCGGCUCGCGCGAAGAGAACGGCAGCAGUUCAAGCGACGAGCCAAGACGACCCGUCACUCCGCGUCAACUAUUGACGCCCCAGAUGGCCGCAGGCGGGCAGGGCCACGGCCACGGGCACCGACGCGGAUCAAGUCGAGACUCUCCCACCUUGCAAACAGCCGCGACGAGCUCCGUGAGUGGCCGAUCGAGCAUCGAGCAGCAGGUCCACGCCAGUCAGCAGGACCAUCGACGGCGUGAUCGACCCGACUACAACGAGGUUACCGAAUUUGACCUAAGGGACGAUUUGCGGAGUUGGCAAGUCCGAGUAAGAUGA